UCGUAAUCUUUUUAUAAUAUAAUUUUUACCUUUAGCAACGAUUCUGUGAAAAAUCAACAUAAAAAAAUUGCAGCGUGGUCUGCUGGUAAAUAUUUGCGUAAAUAGAACAUAUAUAAAAGGCAUAUAUGUUUUAUAUUAAGCAAGUUAAAAUAUAUCCGGCUAACGAGAAACAAUUUUUCGGACCUAGCGCUAGUCAAAUUUUUCGUCCAAUCAAAAUAGGGAUCUGAUCUCAGGAAAUAGCCGCUUUUAAGUUUUUAUUACAGAAAAAUAACAACAAAACUUUGAAGAAACUGAUCUGACUGUUCUUGGCUAUCAUAAUGAUACACCUGAAAUAACAACAGCUCGGGGAAAAAAAUAGAAAACGAAAGUCAGCACCUAAAACUUAGGCACAGAAUGUGAGAAAGCAGCUAAGACAAUCUGGUCAGCCGUAUAAAAAUAGAAAGGGAGAAAAUGUUCCAUGCAAGUCUGUAAUUAAAAAGAAAGACUGUCUAAAUUCUUGUAAAUUCAGAUGCGCACAAAAUAUUAGUGAUGAAGAAAGAACACGUAUAUUUGCUGAUUUUUGGUCUAUGGACGACAUGCAAAAGAGACAUUUCUACAGUCGAACCACUGAACGACUUCAGAAGAAACGUCAUCGAACUAUCAAUGAAAAUUCGCGAAAAGCGUAUUCAUUUUAUUAUAGCUUUUUUGUUGGUGAUUUGCAAACUUGAGUUUGUAAAUAAUUUUACCUCACAACUUUAAUUUAUAAGUAGUAGAAGAGUUUAUUAUCAUCAUGAAAAAAAAAAUGAUACUACUGGAAGCCCAGCCCUUUCAAAAUGGGGGAAACACACCAAAAAGGUUAUAGAUCAAUCAUCAAAACAAAGGGUUACAGAUCAUAUCAAUGCAUUUCCACGUGUUCCAUCACACUACUGUCGUCAAAGAACAGAAAAAGAGUAUUUUGAAGCUUUUUUAAAUUCUAAUAAGAUGUAUGAACUUUACUUAACCUAUUGUGAAGAAAAGAAUAUUGCCCCUGUUAAGAAGCAUUUGUAUAGAUUCAUAUUUGAUCAUCACUUUAACAUUGAAUUUCAGAAGCCAAAAACUGAUUUAUGUGAUACAUGCUAUGAAUACCGCAAUCUAGUAAAUCCAACUGAGGAACAAGCCCAAAAGUUUACCAAACACAUUAUUUCUAAGAAUGAAACUAAAGCAGAACGAGAUAAAGACCGCAAAAUUAUAGAUAAAAAUGUGGCUGUAGUAUGUAUUUACCUUGAAAAUGUAAUAAGUUUACCAAAAUCAAAUGUAGGAGCAAUUUUUUACAAACGAAAACUUUCAGCUUAUAAUUUAACUGGGCAUUGCUCCAUAAAUAAAAAAGGUUAUUGUAUGCUUUGGCAUGAAGGUGUUUCGGGUCGUGCAGGCAAUGACCUUGCAAGUAGUGUAACAUGCUUGCUAGAAAAGAUAAUUGCAGACCACUCUGAUGUUAAUAAACUCAUACUAUGGCUCGAUUCCUGUGUGCCUCAAAACAGAAAUAGUUACAUGUCCAUUGCCUUGCGUCAGUUUUUGAUAUGUUACCCAAAAAUUAGAGUAAUUGAGCAAAAGUUUUGUGAACCAGGACAUUCUAGUAUACAAGAGGUUGACAAUAUCCACAGUCAAAUUGACAGAGCACUUGCUCUUCUUGAAAUAUUUAGUCCUUUAGGUUUAACCAGAGCAAUUUCUGCUGUUCAAAGAAGAAAUUCUUUUUUUGUCUACCAAAUGAAAAGAUUGGAUUUCAAACAUUUUCCAGCUAUUGCAAGCUAUUUCAAUUUUAAGCUUGUUCCCUAUAGCCAGAUAAAGCAUCUGGUUUACAGAGCAGAGUUUUCAGAUCAUGUAUAUUACAGAAAGUCGUUUUCAGAUGUUUGUUCAGAAGCACGAAUUAGGCGUCUUCCUAACAAUCCGCGCUCUUUAUCAUCUGUGAUAACAAGACCUCUGGCAGUUGUACCAAUGGCUUCUACCUUGAAUCAGUGUGCUCAAAUUUCAAGUGAUAAAACCAAGGACCUUAAAAGUAUGUUCAAGUAUAUGUCUGCUGUAGACGUUGCAUUUUAUAAAAGUAUUUUAAAAUAAUUUAUUUUAUUGUCUAAAUAUUUGUAUUAUAUGUUAUGUUGUUAAAUGGACUUCUUUCUGAAA